AUGAUACGCUCAAUUGUUAAGCUACCUCAAAUGAUCUCCACCAGUAAACCUAUGAGCUCGAAACUUGAGGAGAUAAAGCAUGAGAUUAAAAGUUGGGAAUACAAAUUCAAAGCUGAAAAUGAUAGGCUACCGCUGAAACAGGAUGUCAACAGCAUCCCAGAAAUAAAGAAAUUGUAUGCAUUAUACAAGUCAUACAAAACUGGAAAGCCGGUCAAAAUGGAAAAACGUGAAAAAUCAUAUAAGCCUGAAAAGACUUACAAGUCUGAUACAUACAGUAGUCCGCUGGUGUCUAAAAACAGAUCUGAAACCACGGACGUGGUUCCUCCCACUCCAAAGGGGGAGUUAGGUCCCACUCCUCAAGCCAAUGGAAGAGUGCUCUCCAUUUUUGAUUUUAGCUUGACUCCCCCCGAAUCUUCACCUUUGAAACAGAAAUCGGAAAAAUCUGCUCAUAAUGGCACCAUUAAAACUGAUCAAUUUUCGCAGUCAUCUGGGUUGGACUUGUUGGUUACUCCAACCAAAGCAAACAAGUUCUCUCCAUUUGCUUCAACGCAGAGAAAAAAUUCAAAUUUGGAGAGCGAAGCUACACCUUUAGGAGCUGCCCGGAAAUUAAAUUUUGCUGCAGUUAUGGACGUACAAACUCCGAAUUAUAUGAAGCAAAAAACUCAAACUCCUACAUUCUCCAGAAUUAUGCCUUUACCAGAUUUCCUGGUUUCACCUUCUCCAUUAAAAUCUCAGCGGAUGAUGAGAAAGUUGACAGAGGUUUAUAAGACCUCUUUGGAAAGUAUAGAUGCCGAUCCUGAGCUUGCAUCGGAGUUUAAUACUGCUGAAAUGGAGAUUAAUGAUGGAAUGAUAGAGAAAGAGGAAAACGGAGGGGAAGCGAUCUCUGUUGAAAACCGUGGAAUGCGUAAACAAAAGACCCAAAAGAGACUGACACGAAGAGUCAAAAUGGCACCAAGAUUAGAAAACGAAGGACAGACGUUAGAUACUGUUAACAUACAGGAUAGGAUACAGCUGAUGGAAGAACAGGAAAGGACGUCCUUGAUGGCAUAUAUGAACUCCGAAAGUGAAGACGACGACGACGAUGAUGAUGAUGAUGAUGAUAGUGACAAUGAAAAAGAAGGAGAAGGGAAAAGGAAUAGAGGAAAUAAUGGCAAUGGAGUGCAACAAAGUCCAAUAAAAAGAACGCGAAAACCAGUUACCGCAAAUUACAAGCGUCUAAAGAUUAAUGAUCCAAGAUCGCGAAAGUUUAAGCAGCGUAUGAGAAGGAGAUGA